AUGAAUCGUGAUACAAGACUUUCGUUAAAUAUGGAUGCUGAAUCAACUUGUUCAUCUAGUUUUCCCAAAAAAUGUCAAGAAAGGAAGGCAAAAAGAUAUAGGAGCGCAUUUACCACAGAACAAGUUAAUUACCUAGAAGGCCAAUUCAAGAAGUUUUCAUAUAUUGGGAGCGAAAAGCGCAAAGAAAUUGCAAAUAUUUUAAAAAUUUCUGAAAGGGCUGUUAAAAUAUGGUUUCAAAAUCGUCGAAUGAAAGAGAAAAGGGAAAAUGGCAAUAAUAAGGAAAUUCAAAUAGAACACAAAAAUCACAUUAAUAAUAGCUGUGAGCAAUUAAAUAAUAGUAAUGUGUACUUACAUAAUGACUGUGCAAUUAACGAACAACUACUAAGAAGUCAAUGUCAAAAUGAACAUUUAAGAGUAAUUAAUACAGAAACUAUCAAGCCUAAUUGUACUUCAAAUAAAAAAAAUAGUUUAAGCGAAUUACAAGAUGAAUAUAUAAAUAAUGUGUAUCUGCCAGAAAACAAAUGUAACAAUAAGGUAAUAGAAAAUAUAAUUAAAUGUGAAGACAAAUCUGUAAUAGAACAAAAAGUAAGAAGUGUAACAACAAAAAUUCCGGCGACAGCUCAAAUAAGGGAACACUUAGAGCAGUUUAGUGCUGUAAACCAAGAAUUUAAAAACGAAUCCACGAGUUCUAUGCCUAUAUUAGGGGAAAAAGAUGAUCUUCCUAAGGACGUAUCACUAAGUAAUAUACAAGUGGACCGAAAAGGGUAUCAAGAGUUUCUCCCAGAACAUUUAAAUUAUGAUGCAAGAUUAGUACCACUUUUUAAUCACGGGUAUUAUGUUUCUCAGCCCGUGUCCACUACUACGGCGAAUAGUUCUGGAAAUGUGGUUUGGAAACCUCUUAGUGUAAUGCCGGUUUUACCUGGAAUAGCGCCAGCAUCGAGUGUGACAGUUGAUAAUAAUAGUUCAAUGUAUUUAAACAAUCAAGAGCUUUCUAAAGGAAUUUGCAAUUGUCAUGGUACACCACAUUUAUGUAACGCCGGGAUGCAAUAUGUCUCAAGAACACCUUCGCAAUAUGUUUUUGCGAUUCCGUUUUGUAAUUCACCUAAUUAG